CCAUAAACGAUUCAUGCCAACCUCACCCUAAUGGAAGUAGAAGUCAAGAUUCGGUUACCGGACUCCGCUUCUCACCAGCGUCUCUCGGCCAUUCUCUCGCCCUACCAUCUCAAAACCCAUGCCCAGGAAAACUUCUUCUUCGACGGCGCCAGAGCUGAGCUCUCCUCCAACCUCGCCGUGCUUCGGAUCCGCUUCUACGACCUCGACUCCAAAUGCCUCAUCUCCCUCAAGGCCAAACCCUCUCUCUCCGACGGAAUCAGCCGCGUGGAGGAGGACGAGGAGCAACUCGACACCACCAUCGCUCGCGCCUGCACCGCCGAGCCAUGGCGGCUGCUAUUACUAGACGACUGCAGGAUCAUACAGAGAGUGAAAUCGGAGUAUGCGAUCGGGGAAGAGGGCUUCGUCCUCUUGGGCGGAUUCCGGAAUCUGAGAGGCGUGUAUGAAUGGAGGGGAUUCAAAUUGGAGCUUGACGAGACGCAUUUCGAAUUCGGGAGAUGUUUUGAGAUUGAAUGCGAGAGUUCGGAGCCGGAAAUGGCGAAGAAUCUGAUUGAAGAGCUGUUGAUCAGCAAUGGAAUUCCCUACACUUACUCCAAAGUUUCAAAAUUUGCAAUUUUCCGGUCCGGAAAACUGCCUCUCGGUUGAAAAUUAGGUCUUCUAUCAGUAUGAAUCAGUUCUGAUCUGGUUUGCCCUUCCACCGCCUUUGUUCUCGUUCUCAGAAUCGUCACUCGGUUCCUAUUCUUCCACUAUCCCAAAAUUUCUCCACCUCUCCCUAACUCCAAAUCUCCAAUUCCAAAUCUCCAUUCUCCAAUUCCCUUCCCAUUAUCGGCAAUAAGAGGCGCAAAUCGCUGACCGUCGUUCGCAAACCGCAGAGGCGCUGGCCGAGUGACCGUCCGAGCUGCAAUCGCCGGUGACUCCAGCCUCCAGGCCUCAAGGUGCUUCGCCAAUCGCUAAUUGCCUGACGCCGCCGGUCUAUCAAGUAUCAAGAACAACGAAGAUUUAAGAUUUUGGUUUAUAUAGAAUGAAACGAAGGGCAGAUCUUAUGGAAACUGAACAAAGUCCUUCACCUAAUGUGGUUUGUCAACAGACGGAGGAAAAAAGAGACGAUAGUCUUCUGACAACCGCUUCAUCACACAUACCACACCCAACGAAACAGCCAAGGCCAGGACGUCGUUACAUUGCAAAGGGAAGCAAACGAAGGGCCCCUUAUUUGGUAAACUAUGAAUUCUUUCUAUGAAUUUUAUAUAUACAAAAUUUAUUUGUUUUUCAGAUUUGAAGGAUGUGAGUAUAGAAGAUGACUUGAUCUUCGUGAUGGAAUAAAUAGCUCAGUUUUUCUUCCACCUCCAGGACUUCCCCCCUGUUCUUUUCCUUUUCUGCCUGGGUGUCUUUUUUUGGACUUAUUGCUCUUUGCUUAUUCCACCUCCAGUCCUCCAGCAGUUUUUCCAAUUGGACUAUUGCUCUUUGUUUAUUUUUACUUUUUAAAGAGCUGUAUUCCUUUGUUUUUGCUUGAAAAGAUGUUACUAUUUUUAGUUUUUUAAUUUAAUGUCAUGCUUAUUGUAUUAAGAAAUGCAUUGGUUGCAUGGUGUAUGUUCUUGGACUAAUGGACUCUAAAU